GAGCUCCACUGAGCGGCAACUGUAGCGACAGCAACCGGAGCCGCCGCCGCCACCUGCACCUGGCGCCCGGCCCACGUCCAGCGCCCGCCCGGCCGCCGCUUCCCGCUGCCCUGCCCUACCCAGCCCUCCAGGUAUUACCAUUUAAAGAAACCUUCUUGUCAGCAAAUCUAUGAUAGAACAUAUAAGCAACAGAGGAAACCAUAACUGCUUUUUCUCAAGUGACAAGCUUUUAAUGUCAGAAUGGCUUACCUAAGGCGACUAGUAAAAUUGCAUCUUAAAAGAUAUUAUCAUAAAAAGUUCUGGAAGCUUGGUGCAGUAAUUUUUUUCUUCAUAAUAUUUUUGAUUUUAAUGCAAAGAGAAGUAAGUCUUCAGUAUUCCAAAGAGGAAUCAAAUAUGGAAAGAAACAUGAAAAAUAAAAACAAGAUGUUGGAUUUAAUGCUAGAGGCUGUAAACAAUAUUAAGGAUGCAAUGCCAAAAAUGCAGAUAGGAGCACCUGUCCGGCAAAACAUUGAUGCUGGUGAGAGACCCUGUUUGCAAGGAUAUUACACAGCAGCAGAACUGAAACCUGUUCUUGACCGCCCACCUCAGGAUUCUAAUGCACCUGGUGCUUCUGGUAGAGCAUUCAAUCCAACCAAUUUGAGUGCUGAAGAGCAAAAGGAAAAAGAACGUGGGGAAGCAAAACACUGUUUUAAUGCUUUUGCAAGUGACAGGAUUUCUUUACACCGCGAUCUUGGACCGGACACUCGACCUCCUGAAUGUAUUGAACAAAAAUUUAAGCGCUGCCCGUCCCUGCCUACCACCAGUGUCAUAAUAGUGUUUCAUAAUGAAGCAUGGUCCACGCUGCUUAGAACUGUCCAUAGUGUGCUCUAUUCUUCACCUGCCAUACUGCUGAAGGAAAUCAUUUUAGUGGAUGAUGCUAGUGUAGAUGAAUACUUACAUGGAAAACUAGAGGAAUAUGUAAAACAAUUUUCUAUAGUAAAAAUAGUCAGACAGAAAGAAAGAAAAGGGCUGAUCACGGCACGGUUGCUAGGAGCCACAGUGGCAACGGCUGAAACGCUCACAUUUUUAGAUGCUCACUGUGAAUGUUUCUAUGGUUGGUUAGAACCUUUGCUGGCUAGAAUAGCUGAGAACUACACUGCUGUCGUGAGUCCAGAUAUUGCAUCAAUAGAUCUUAAUACUUUUGAAUUCAACAAACCUUCUCCUUAUGGAAGUAACCAUAACCGUGGAAACUUUGACUGGAGCCUUUCAUUUGGCUGGGAAUCACUUCCUGAUCAUGAGAAGCAAAGAAGAAAAGAUGAAACUUACCCAAUUAAAACACCCACUUUUGCGGGAGGCCUUUUUUCCAUAUCAAAAGAAUAUUUUGAAUAUAUUGGAACUUAUGAUGAAGAAAUGGAAAUUUGGGGAGGUGAAAAUAUAGAAAUGUCUUUCAGAGUAUGGCAAUGUGGUGGGCAGUUGGAGAUUAUGCCUUGCUCUGUUGUUGGACAUGUUUUUCGCAGCAGAAGUCCUCAUACCUUCCCAAAAGGUACUCAGGUGAUUGCUCGCAACCAAGUUCGCCUUGCGGAAGUCUGGAUGGAUGAAUACAAGGAAAUAUUUUAUAGGAGAAACUCAGACGCAGCAAAAAUUGUUAAACAAAAAUCCUUUGGUGAUCUUUCAAAAAGAUUUGAAAUCAAGCACCGCCUUCAAUGUAAAAAUUUUACAUGGUACCUGAAAAAUAUUUAUCCAGAAGUAUAUGUGCCAGACCUUAUUCCUGUUAUAUCUGGAUAUAUUAAAAGCUUUGGUCAGAACCUAUGCCUGGAUGUUGGAGAAAAUAACCAAGGUGGCAAACCAUUAAUUAUGUAUACGUGUCAUGGACUUGGAGGAAACCAGUACUUUGAAUACUCUGCUCAGCAUGAAAUUCGGCAUAACAUCCAGAAGGAAUUAUGUCUUCAUGCUGCUCAAGGUCCCGUUCAGCUGAAGAUGUGUUCCUACAAAGGUCACAAGACGGUCUCCAUUGAAGAACAGAUAUGGGAGAUUAGAAAGGAUCAACUUCUCUAUAAUCCAUUCUUAAAAAUGUGCCUUUCAGCAAAUGGAGAGCAUCCAAGCUUAAUGUCAUGCAAUCCAUCAGAUCUACUUCAAAAAUGGAUUUUUAUCCAAAAUGAUUAAGUGUUCCUUAAAAUUAAGGAGUUGAAAACGGAGAUAUUCUUUCUCAUAAAACUGUGACUAGGCAUACACUGUAGUUUUUGAAAAUUAUGCAAAAGCAGCUAAUUGUAAUUUAUUCCAAGUGCAUAUUUCUUAUUUAUAUCUUAAAAUGUCUAUGUAGCACUGCUACAGAAAUCCCUUGAGUUUCUAUUUCAAAGCACAAUAACUAGUAAUACCAAAGACUAUUUUGACAUCUCAAAAUAUGUCCGUGUGUAGAGGAAGAGAUGUUUGCAGUAUGAUGAAAAUACUUUGCUGAGGAAAGUAAUGCUUGUGUGUUUUAUUUACUUAAAGAUAUGCAUAUUCACACACUCACAAUUCAUAAUAUUUCCCCUACUUUUUUGGGGGAGGGAAGAAAGAUUUGAUACUGUAUUUUUUUACAUUACAUUGAAAUGGAUCAAUGAAGGUCAAUAUUGACCUUUGUUUACAAACCAGGAAAUUUUUAUAAAUCUAGAAUUUAUUAUUUAAAAAUGCAGGUAAACAUUUUUUGUGUGUCUUUUGUUUACUUGUCUGACAAGUGUUUCCUUAAACAUGAAAUUAAAUGAAUAAGAAGAAUAUUUUUAACACUUCAAUUUCUUGGCAAAUUUUAAAUAUUUUUUAGUCCAAAGCCUAUUCCACUUGAAGCACUUAUGUCUUCCUUGAAUGGCUUUUCUUAAAUAACUAUACUGUGUGUUUUCCCAAAAGCAUUUAAAAACAAACCUUUAUAAAUUUCUAUCUGUUGAAAAGCGUUUUUUCCUUCUGUUAAUGUACUAUUUUUUCCCUAAAGAAAUAUAAUUUACUAAUCUUGAAUGUCUGUGAAAUUGAAUUUCAAAUGCAGAAUAUUUGUCUCAUUUAAAGCUAAAUUUCAUUUGUUGCUGAUUCAGUUAUAGAUUUUCUUUGUAAUGGAUUUUUUUCAUCAAAAAACCCUUAUUUCUGUCUAUGUGGAAAACACAAUAAAAAUCCUAAACACAAUUUUAAUCAUUUAAUUCUUAUUUUUCUCAUUUGGAUAAAAUACAUAAUUGAUAAUAGGUGGGGGAAACAUGAAUUUUAUUUACUGAAUUUCUAAGUGACUUGUUUGUAGAGCCAUCAGAUAUUUCUUAAGAAAAACUCGAAUGUUUGAUAGUAAUGACUUUUAAAAAAAUGGACAUUGGAGAACAUUGUUUGGUAGAUAUUUAGCAGAAUUUGUACCAAUUUCUGAUAACUAGUCUUGGGCAGCUGAUAGAGUAAUUUUUUUAAAUGUGAUGCUUUCUUAGGAUAUUUAGUAUUUUUUUUCUUUUGAGUCACUUCAUGGAUUUCUUGUAUAUUUAUUCUGAAGUAGAAAUAUUAUUUUAGCAUAAUACUACAACAUCUUAUUGGCUUCAUAUUUUAAAACUGGUGGAGUCUCAGUUGUACAAAAGAAAACAUUUUUUGAUUAUUGGCCAUGUCUUCUCAUUGUUAACUUUGAGCUUGCAUUUAAAAACCUGCUUUUAUUGUGUGUCUAACUUUGUGCCAGAGGACAUGGUAGCCAGAAUAAGACUUGUUGCCCUUGAGCUUCUGUCUUAACGAGCAGAAAGAAAGAAAAAUAAUUUUGAAAUAACAUGGUGAGUGUGAUAAAAAUUUUAUGAUACAAAUGACAGCUCACUAUUCAUAUUUGAUAUUUCCUUAAUAAAUUAAGAUAUUUCUCUUAUUGUACCUAAUACCAAUUUGUAUUGUGAAAUAAUCACGGGUCCCCAUUUAUACAUACAGUUUUCUGUUUCUCAAAUUGUUACUGUAGACGUGAACAUCAAGGAGAAAAUAUUGACCUUAGAGCUUGUUUUAGCCCUAAGAAACCCCAGCAAUUCCUUAAAGAUAUUUUGUAAAUGAAUUUAAGAAAAACACUUGAAAACAAUAAAACAAACCCAGGUGCCCACUGUGUAUUACUCAUAUCUUGUCAUGUCAUGGUCCUACCAAAGAUUAGGUCAAUUUUAUUAUAGCCAAGUUAAGUGCAUCCAAAGGGAAAGUCCCUCUUACCUAAUUUGGGCCUCUCAGGCUGUUGCUUAACAAAUAGUUUCAUUAAGAAUUGGCUCUUUGGGGUGGGUAGUGUCCUUUAAAAGCCUGAGGAAAGGAAAGAUGUUGCAGAACUCGCAUUAACCAACUCAUAUUCAAAGAAAAGACUUUGGCCCUACAAAGGAAUAUUUGUAAAGGAGCUAAUAUACAUGAAUAUUGUGUGUGUGUUUUAAGUUAAAAUAUUUGCUACAUACCAUUUAACUACAUGUUCAAAUCAUCAACUCUUAGCCCAGUUGCAUUGGAGAAGAGGGUUUUUCCUGUACACAGUCAAUAUUGUGCUCAAGUCUUCAAUAAUAUUUACCAAUAUCUUUGUAUUUUAGGGAUCUAAUGAUCACAAAAUAGCCACUACCUUCUGAAGUUUAUAGUCUGGUAAUGUGAUCAUCAGUGAAGUACCAUAACAUAGUGAUUAUAAUUAUAUAGAGAAACAGAUCCAUGAAAGAGUCAAUACAUUUGGCUUCUGGUGAGUCCAUCGCCAGGAGUUGUAGGAGAGAACAGAGUCCCGAUAUUUUAGAGGUCAAAUAACUAAGAGUAAUGCUUCUCAAACUUUAUUGUCCACCUCCCGAGAUCUUAAUAAAAUGCAGAUUCUGAUUCACUAAGGCUGGGUAGAGCUGGAGCGUCUGUAUUUCUU